CUACCAGCUUGCUCUUUAAUUCGAGGGCCUGUGCCCUGGUUCCUUAGGAACAAAGGCAAAGUGAACUGGUGCUGAUUUGGUGUAAGGAAAAGCCCUUGUGCUGGGAGUACUGUCCAUCACUGGAAGAGGCUGCCAGCCCCCAGCUGCAGGAGAUUUUCUAGACCCAGCUGUGCACAGCACACAGGGCCCUGGUUGUAGCUCCCUGUUGAGCCUGCUCUGACCAAGAGGCUUCUCAGGUCCCUUCUGAGGUGAAUGACAUUGUUCUAAGAAGCAGAUGAAAAGGAAGGCAGAUAAGGACUUUCCAUUUUGUGGGGACUUCUCAGUUCCAAGAGGUGACAGUGUUAGUCUUUGGUGAGCAAGGUGCUAUGGAGACUUGGGCUGUUGUUUAGGCUAGUGCUAAAAUACUACAGCACUGCUGCAAGGGAAGAGUGACCUUUGUGACCUUUGUUGACAAGCUGAAUGUAACUGGAUGUUAAGAUAUGAAUGUGGAAAUGAAACUUUAGGGUUGCAUCAAACCCCAGUUUGCUGUAUUGUUACGGAGGUGUUGCCUAAACUAACAGUAAAUGCAGGAACAGUUUGGUGCAUCAAAUGCCUGAGCAAGGGCUGAAUGGCCUGAGGGACUUUAGUGUUGCUGUUGCCUUGGUUCUGUUUGUGCAGAGCUGCUCACUGCCUGUGAAAACUCCAUGCAUUAUCAGUUCUUUGGGAACUGCAGCUCACAGUGGCUGGAGAGAAAUUUGCCUUUUAGGGAGUCACCGUGGUAAAAGGAUCAAGACUCUCAGUCUAAAGCAGCUCAGGUUUAAUGUCGCUGUGGUGCCUGGGUGUUGAAUUUGCUGCUUGAGGAGGGGAUACGUCCCAGCAGGAGGUUGCCUGAAGUACCGCAAGCUGAGGCUUGGAGAAUGUCCCAAAUGCAAGAGAAAUAGUGCAGUAGUGACAGAGUGUGGGUAAUACACUGUAGCAAUUGGGGAAUGAAACUGAGAGCAUGAAGGGAACAAGCUUAGCAGGUUGAAAUUUUGUGUCCUUUGUGCUGGGGCAUUGCUGGUGUGACCAGAACAGGGACUUGGGGGAGUAACUUGGUGCCUUGCUCACAGACACCCUGUGUACAUUUGUUUAAGUGCUGGCUGGAUCACCUUGCACCUGCUACAGAAAUGCCCAUCUUUUUGGACUGAAGACCAGCUAAGGAAUUGGUACUGGUUAGGUUUUGUUUGUCUUUCUCCUUUGUGAACCACUUCUGUUUCAGAAAGGUCGCUGGGCGUGGAUCUUACACACUGUACCACCUCUGUAAAUGAAUGGCUCUGUUUGGUGAGGUAGACAUGCCCGAAGAAGUGUCUGCUUCACCUCCUGCAGUAGCAUCAGUGUGUCAGUGAAAGGACUGAGACGAAGUGCGUUGGAGCCCACCCUGUUGAACCCCCUCAGCUGCCUGACCCGAGCGCGGUGCCCUCCCGUCUUAGGGGGACUGAUCAGAGAGCUCUAACCAGACACUGCACAAACUGCUGGUUGUGACUUCACUUUAAAAGAGGAUUUUGCAUCUUAAUUUGUACUCCUUGGAUUUUGAUGGAAUGCCAGUCACUUUGAUUUGUUCCAUUCUGUGUAGGUUCCUGUUCCUCACCCACUCCCAUGGUACCAGAAUGUCUUCCAGACUCCUUACCGGUAAAAAACAGUAGACAAGAAGACUAGCAUCUGUCAAAUGGGGCUCCCUCUCCACUUCUCUCUACACACCUUUCCUUUGGGGAGAGAAGAAGAGGAGAAUAGCAUGAAAAGUGCAAAAUGUUUCAAAUUCCUGUUCAGAAUCUUGAUAAUAUCAGGAAGGCUCGAAAAAAGGUGAAGGGCAUUCUGGUGGAUCUUGGGCUUGACAGCUGCAGGGAGUUGCUGAAGAAUCUUAAAAGUUUUGACCCAGGUGAAAACCUCUUUUGUAACACUUCAUGGAGUGAUGUCUCUCCUUGGGAGUCUGUGGGCAAAAGGAAGAGGUACAGGACAAAGCCGUACUGCUGCAGCUUAUGCAAGUUCUCCUCCAAGUUCCUUACUUCCUUCAAGAAUCACCUGCACCGUUACCACGAGGAUGAAAUGGACCAAGAGCUGGUGGUUCCUUGCCCGAAAUGUGCGUUCGCUUCCGACCCCAAAAUAGUGGCAAAGCACAUCCGGAUGUUUCAUUCGCCUAACAAGAAAAUACAGAACUAUACCGUCAGCAUUUUGGAUGGCAUGAAAGAGUUCAGGAGCAAGGUCAUAAACUUCACCUGUCUAAAAUGCCACUUUACAGACACGCUCUAUUACAAUAUGAAGAAGCACGUGCUCAUGAACCAUUUCCAAAGCUUAAUAAGUACCUACUUUGGCCAGAAACCCGACGAAGAUGAUGAGAAUUCAGUUGAGCACUACUGUAAGAAAUGCAACGCUUCUGCCAACAGCCAGGAUUGUUUAAUGUAUCACGUCCUGACAUCUGAAAUCCACCGAGACCUGGAGAACAAGCUGCGCUCCGUGAUUUCAAAACACGUGAAGAAGCCGGCGCUGGCGAAGCAGCUGAACAUUGCUCCAAAGCUUCCCCAGGACGACGCGGGGGCUGCCGCGGCCGCGGUGCCCGUCACGGCUCCGCCUUGCCUCCAGCUCGCGUUUCCCCACAACGGCCCGAACCAGAGCGUGGUGCAGCCGAGCGCCGUUCAGAACACGGUCAGGUCGCUGGCCGUCCCAAGUGCCUCCGGUAGCCUUCCACACCCAGCCCCUGCUCCGGUCGUCACCCUGCCGCACGUCGCUCUCGUCUCCGGGAACCUUCCCGUGGCGCCGAGCACCGUCGGCGUGCAGCCCUCGCCUCCCCAGCCUGUCCUUGUUUCCCACGGGCUCCCCCUCGCCCAGCCCGUGGGUGCCGUCAGCGGGCCCGCGGCGCCCGCCGUUCUUCCCCUCAGUCAGCCGGCCAGGCCCGGGGUCUUUCCCCUGACCCAGCCCCUGCCCGUCCCUCAGCCCGCCAGCCCCGGCAAACCCCCGGGAGCCCUCCCCGCCGGCCGGCCUGUGGCACCCGCCGUCCUCAGCGUCAGCAGGCCGCUCGGGCCCAAGGUCGUCCCCGUGGCCCAGAGCCCCGCGCCGGGCGUCCUCCAGCUCAACCAGCCGCUGGCCUCGGGGGUGGUUCCCGUCAGGCAGCCCGUCAGACCCGGCUUUCUGCAGCUGAACCAGCCCGUCGCGCCGGCCGUUAUCCCGGUGAACCAGCCGCUGCAGCCCGCCGUGUCUCAGAACACCACCUUCCUGAUGGCGGGCUCGGUGCUCCGGCAGCUCAUCCCCACGGGCAAGCAGGUGAACGGCUUACCCGCCUACACGCUGGCCCCGGUGUCGGUCACUCUGCCGGUCUCUGCCGGCGGCGGCGUGGCCACCGUCACCCCUCCGCAGGUGCCCAUCCAGCUGGUGCAGUCGGGGCCCGUGGCGCAGCUGUCCCAGGCGCCCGCCGGCGCGCCCUCUCCUCCCGUGGUGCUGGCCUCGCAGAGCCUGUCCUUGCAGGCCUCCCCGCAGGGUCCCGAGAAGAGCCAGGCCAUCAGGCAGGCCAAGCAGUGGAAGACCUGCCCUGUCUGCAACGAGCUCUUCCCGUCAAAUGUCUACGAAGUGCACAUGGAGGUGGCCGCCCACAAGCGCGGCGAGGUCGGUACGGAGGAGAGCCCCGACAAACUGGCGGCCUGCGCGCCCUUCCUGAGGUGGAUGACGGAGAAGACGGUGCGCUGCUUCUCCUGCAAGUGUUUUCUGUCCGAGGAAGAGCUCAUGAAGCACGUCCUGAUGCACGGCCUGGCUUGCUUGUUUUGCACAGUUACUUUCCAUGACUUGAAAAGCCUGGUGGAGCACAACAAAACCACACACAACGGGAAGAAGCAGCUGCACGCAGAUUACUGCAACCGAGGGUUUCAGCUGGGAAACGACGCCCAGGGCGACCUCGUGUUCCCACACUUCGAUUUCAGCACGGUGUUGCCGAGCAAGGACAUUGGGCAGAGAGAAGUGCAUCUGGCGGUGCUGGCCGGGCUGAACUCCAGAACGCUCGUCCCCGUUUACAUCAAGGUGAAGCCUCAGCCGGCGGAAGCGGAGGGCAGGUGCAAGAGGAACAUGCUCACCUGUCCCUUUUGCUUCGGCACCUUCGCCAGCAAAGACACGUACGAGGUGCAUUUGAAGGAGCGGCAUCACAUCAUGCCGACCGUCCACACCAUCCUCAAGUCGCCCGCCUUCAAGUGCAUCCACUGCUGCGGCGUGUACACGGGGAACAUGACGCUGACGGCCAUCGCCGUGCACCUGCUGCGCUGCCGCAGCGCUCCCAAGAGCUCCAACUCCAGCCUGAAGAUGCAGCUGGAGCGCGGCGACAAGAGGGAGCUGCUGCUGCUGAACGGCGAGAAGCACGACGCGCUGGCGCUCAAGAGGAAGCAGCCCGAGCCGUGCGCGGCGGCGGAGGAACAAAGGGGUAAGGAGCAGCAGCCCGUGGGCUCGGGCGCCGGCGUGGCCGUGGCCGAGGCUCACGCCGGGGCAGCGCCUUUCAAACGGCAGAAGGUGGGCGCCAGGACUGAGGCCAGGAAGUUCCCCUCCGGCGAGGACCUGCGCCUGCUGGCCCUGGAUCCCAAGCUGUACGACCACAGCUCUUCCCAGGGCCAGAACCGGUUCUUGACGGACUACUUCCACAAGAGGCCGUAUCCGUCUAAGAAAGAGGUGGAGCUGCUCUCCUCGCUGCUGUACGUGCUGAAGGUGGACGUGGCGGCCUUCUUCGGGAGGAGGAGGAGUAGCUGUUUGAAGGCCAUAAACAACCACAAGCCCUCCGUGCUGCUGGGUUUCAGCAUGUCCGAACUGAAGAAAGUUAAGCACAGUCUGAGUGUCAGAGGCGAGCCGUUAGAGAUGUAACGGAGCCCUUCCUCCCGCCUCCAAGCGGCCCCUCGGCGCUGCUCGCCCGUGGAGCGGCUCCCGGCGCCGGGGCGCACGGCAGCACGCCGAGGCUCCGCUCAGCGCCGCUCCUCCCACGGGAGAGAGCGCCCCGGAUUUGCGGGAUGUGUUUUGGGCUUUCCACAGUUCCUGGAGUAGUGGGGGUUGGGGUUUGUUUGGGUUGGCUUUGUAACUCUCGCUCUGUUUCCCACUCUUCCCCCGGCUCCCGGGACACUUUUUCUACGGCCGUGUAAAACGUUGGUCCCGUUCCAAACAAAGCCCCGUUUAUUUUUCUGCGGUGGUGUCAUCUUUUCUAAACAAUAAAAUGUUUAAUGUUGGUUACAACGCUGAGGUACUAAAGCACCACACAAACAGCCACUUGCUGACUCCUGUUUCGAAGCUCUCCUCCUUUUUUUAACCUGUCUCUGUUCUCCUGACUGAAGAAGCCACUGUAGCCUCCCCAUCCGUUGCCCCUUGGAUUUCCCGGUGCACUGGGAGCAAUAAAAGCCUGGUUAUUCAGAUACCUGCUGGCAGCUGCAUUUGGUUUCUUUUCUCCAAAAGAGGAACCUCAUGGCGUUCAACAAGGACAAGGGCAGAGUCCUGCAGCUGGGAAGGAACAAGUCCAUGCACCAGCACAGGCUGGGGGUGACCUGCUGGGGAGCAGCUCU